ACUCACCGUGCGCCCCGAUGGCUGUUACCUCAGGCAUUAAUCUACUCUACACAGUGUGUGUCCUUUUUGUUGGAUACUCUACAGGUGAUGUAUUCCAGAACUUCACGUGUAUAACAUACAACUGGGACGAGUAUUUGACAUGUUCAUGGACCGUGUCGAUGAAGUACAACAGUCCGGCCUACACCACGGCGGUCGACUGGCAAAUGUUAUCAUUUCAACGUUCCAUGCGCUGCCCAAAACUGACAAACAACACGUGUGUAUGGUCUCUGGGAGGGAAUGGCAGACAGAGGGACACUGAUCCCUUUCAGCCGAUUCAGGUCUGUCUUUAUCUUCAGAGACACAACCAGACAAAGAAAUCAAAGUGUUAUAAGGUGGACAUCGAAAAGAAAGUAAAGCCCGAUAAAGUUUCUGAUUUGAAAGCAAAGUCACAACAUCCCAACUGCAUAUUUGCACAAUGGACCCAUCAACAAAUUGAAGCAUCAAAGAUGUAUUCUGUGGAACUGUCAUCUCCGGGACUCGAUACAAUAAGGAAGAAUUUGGGAGCGACACCCUCUGAUGACUACUAUGAUUAUGACUACUAUUCACCAGAGAUUGAACGUGAAGCUUUCACGAACAUAACGAUAUGUAACCUAUCAUACUACAAAAACUACACAUUCUCCGUGAAGGUGAGAGCUGUCGACAUGGACAAUAACCAGAUAGGCUACUGGAGUGAUUCACAGGGCAUUAAUAUUGUCACGGCGAAAUCAGUUCCAUCUGCUCCGCCAUAUUUACCUCCUGGCGGUUAUACAUUGUCCCCAGUCAACAGUAAAGGCUACAGAAUGGCCAGAGUUUAUUGGACGGAACUUCCUGAGCAUUCAUGGAAUGGAGAGAAUUUAACACAUGAAGUGGAAGCUGUUCCGGUCGGUGAGUGUGGAUCAAGGACCAUCCGGCGGAUCGUUCGCGAAACAGAAGCAGAAUUCGAUAUUAUGUACACAUGCAACUAUACCAUCAAAGUCUGGACAAGGAAUGAGAUUGGCAGAUCAAAAGAUGGCAGCAUUCUUCAUUUGAAGCAAAAUGCUUUGCCCAAGCCCCAAGAUGUGUUUUUGGCUGAAGGAAAUUCACCAGGGAUGGUGCACAUUACUUGGCAGGAACCAAACGAUAUCGAGUCAUCACUUACGUAUUCUGUAUACUGGUGUCCACGGUCUCCGGGAUUACUAUCAUGCAAGGGAUCUUUCAACACUAGGGCGGGUAUUAAACCCAUAGAUACGUCAGGUUUGGUCAUGGCGGACAUUAAGAUGGACGGACGUCCAAAUGUCACCUAUAUGUACGGAGUAUCCACUGAACGGAUCCGUGGACGAGCUGUCCACAGUAGUGGAUUUGAAUGGACGGAUUGCUCGAUAACCUCCUCAGAUAAACUGAAGUAUCCACGAAUAUCAUUCGAAGGAUUCCCGUCCGAAAAUAGAGUAAGGAUGAAAUGGAUGUACAUGAAUUGUGCAGGAACGAUGAUAAAAAAGAGCCACCUCACACAUUACCAUAUCAGUAAAUGCGCUCAAGAAACUUGUGAAGAUCUUACAACCGACGGUAAACAGGCCCAUCUUGACUUCAACCCAAUCAUUGCUGGACAACAGAUCUGUGUGACUAUUAGGGUGCGCUUAGAUACAGUGUCUGGACAGCCUAGUAAAUUACACUGUUACACUCAGCCAUUGCCAGGUACCCACGGCCAUUUAGGCGCUGUAGUCGUAGCUCUUAUCUGCAUGUCGGGAUUGGCUCUAGUUGCUUUUACGCUGACCGUUUUAAUUAUCGGAAUCAGAUGGUGGAGAAAGCCAACUAGACUUCAAAUACCACAGAUACCAAGAGGAGACAACGAGCUUCCUUUAGUCGAAGAAACCAGUACUCUAUCAACAGGGCAAAGUUGUGUGAAUACCGAGUCAUCUCUCUUGGCUAACGACCGUUCAUGAUAGAGGUGUGUUUUGCACAGUAUGACAAAAUUCGCCGUAAAGAUGCUAAAUUUAUUAUAAACAUUGGUCCUGUAUUUCAUGUGUACAAAAUAAUUCACGUACUUGAAGAUUAUAAAUUACAUGUCUAAUGCAGUUAUGCAUAUUUCAUUGUAAAAUAUGAUACUAUCAUUCAAUUGACAAUGUUUGUGUUUAUACAUGUUUUGAAUUUACCUCUCCGACUUAACUAUUUUAUUCUCUGGUACUACUACCAUAUUCCAAUUUUACCUCUGAUAGAAAUGACAACUUCACUGCUACCUCUCGCAGUCAGCUUUUGAGUUUACCUCUCUUAGUUAGAGCAGUUAUUACUGUUCCCUUUCAAAAUAAUCAAAAUUGCCAAUGUUACCUCUCGUUCUAAGAUCACAACUUUUACUUUUAAUUCCUGUACUCAUAUCAUCACUAUUACGUUUAACUGGCGUCAUCCUAUCAUAACUAUUACUUUUAACUCUCGUACUCAUAUCAUAACUAUUACUUUUAAUUCGCGUACUCAUAUCAUAACUAUUACUUUUAACUCUCGUACUCAUAUCAUAGGUAUUACUUUUAAUUCGCGUACUCAUAUCAUAACUAUUACUUUUAAUUCGCGUACCCAUAUCAUAAAUUUUACUUUUAUCUCUCGUAGUUAUAUCAUAACUUUUACUUUUAAGUCGCGUCAUCCUAUCAUAGGUAUUACUUUAAACUCUCGUAGUCAUUUCAUAACUAUUACUUUUAAUUCUCGUAGUCAUUUCAUAACUAUUACUUUUAACUAUCGUCAUCAUAUUACAACUAUUAUAUUAAACUCUUUUAGUCA